AUGCCUGCCAUCUGGCUGCCUGUCAUCGGCUGCCCUGCAUGCCCACAGCGUGCUUGCCCUCCCCCCUCCCGAAUGCUGCCCUGUUGUGCUUGCUCCUUUGCUACCUUGCUGCCCUCCUCCCUGGCUUGCCUCUGGCUGUGCCUUCCUGUCUGUGCCCUGUGCCCUGCUCCCCUGCUGACCCCUGCCUGCUCUGCUUUCCUGCUGCCCUUCCUCGACUUCCUUCUGACCCCCCUCCUUCCCCACCCCCUAAUCCCCCUCCUCGUGCCACCCCCCCCUCUCUCUGCCCCUGCCCCUUCUGCCUCCUGUGCUGCCUCCCUCCCCCUCUGCCUGCUUGCUAUCUGCUGCCCCUGGGCUGUCUUUCGGGCUCUAUGCCCUCCCCCUGUGGCUCUGCCCCCUCCCCCUCUCCUGCUGUCCUUGUCCCCCCACCAUUCCUGGCCUCUUCUCCUUUUUCGCUCCUGCUCUCCUCUCUCCUUCUCCCCCCAUGACCCCUCCUCUCCUCUUCUGUCUCAGGACACUCUGCACAAAGCGCGUUCAUGCACCACAUAUCGUAAUGUCACACGAUCCUCACCCUGCCUGCCUCGCGUCACGCCCCCCUCGCUGCCUCAUGCUUCUGCUUCCUCUCUGCUCUCCCAUGAUCUGGGGCUGCAUCACUCCUCUAUCCUGCACCUGGUCCUCCCCUUUUUUGCUCUCCUGCUCUUUGCCACUACACCUCGUGCUAUCCUGCUGCACUCGUCCUUGCCUCCCUGCUCCUCUUCUGCUGCCUUUCUGCCCUGCCCCUCUGUCCCCCCCUCAUCUCUGCUCCUGUCUGGUAUGCUGUCUGCUGCUCCCUCCUUUUCCCCCUCCAGCCCCCUGUUUGCCCCUGUGCCCUUUGUACUCCUCUACCUGCUGGUGGCUUCUGCUCUCUCCUCACUUGCUACUCCUUGGCUGUCCUCACCCCCCUGUGCCCUGCUCUGGACUCUGUCUGUGCCUUCCCUCCUCCUCCUCUGGCCCCCCCUGGCCCUCCCCCUGCUCCCCCACCCCUCCUGCGCUCUGCUGACCCCCUCUACCCCCUCCCCUCUGCUUUGCCCUGCCACUUCCCCUGCCUCUGCUCCCUGUCGCUUUGUGCUGUCUCCUUCUGGCUUGGUUGCCCUCUUUAUCUGCUCUGUGCUUCUCUUGCUGCCUCCCCCUCCCUGCUCUCCCUCUCCUCCCCCUUUUUCUGCCCCCUGCCUAUCUGCCUCCCUGCCUGCUACCCUCCUGCUCGCUGCUCCUGCUUGCUACCUCCCCCUGCCCUGCUUGCCUGGUCUGCCCUAUCUUUGCCCCCCUCUCCCUCCUCCCUCCUCUGCUGUUCACCCCUCCCUGCCUUGCCCUCCUGCUUUGGCCUGCUGUGCUCCUCGCUGCCCCUUCUGCUUCUAG